CCUAGCCCAAGCCAGGGAACUCCACACAAUUCCUGCCAGGGAGGGAAUUACUCUUCCCUCCUGUGUGAGGGACGUGAAUAAGCCAGCUAACUUGCAGCUGAACCAGAGUGAAUCUUCUAAGACGGCUCUCUGGGCUCAAGUCAGCAGCUCCAAGCGAAGGAGAAUCCACCACAGCCCCGGAGCCAGGCAGGGGAGCUACAGUAGAUGAGAAGCAGAGGUACCAUCAGCGACUGCGGCACUUCCCAUGGACUAGACUAUUCUAACAGCAAUAAAAGUUAGUUUAUUCAGAGAACCUCCCCCCAAUAAACCCCAAAACCAAACUCCCCUCUGCAAGCCUGAGGAGACUGUUUCAGCUAACAAGGAAGACUAGCCGUGAAGCCAGGAUGCUCUCCGAAGCUGUCUCAUUGCUGCUGCUUGUGGCUGGCAUCUGCUCGGUGUCCGGAGGCGGCGCUGGAGGCGGAGGAUACGCUCAAGUGAAAUACAUGCAGCCCAUGGUGAAAGGGCCCCUGGGGCCCCCAUUCCGGGAAGGCAAAGGGCAGUAUCUCGACAUGCCACCGCUCCUGCCGAUGGAUCUCAAAGGGGAGCCAGGCCCCCCAGGAAAGCCAGGCCCAAGAGGACCUCCAGGCCCCCCAGGCUAUCCAGGAAAACCAGGCACUGGGAAACCCGGACUUCAUGGCCAGCCAGGCCCUGCUGGCCCCCCUGGAUUUUCUGGUGUUGGCAAACCAGGUAUCCCAGGGCUCCCAGGAAAGGCAGGUAUGAAAGGGAUGCCCGGCCUCAAAGGUGAACCCGGCAUGAGAGGUGAGCAAGGCCAGAGAGGAUUACCUGGCCCGCCAGGACUGCCUGGGCCAGCAGGCAUCUCCGUCAAUGGGAAACCAGGCAUGCAGGGCACUCCAGGCCUACCAGGAUUUCGGGGUGAGCCUGGGCCAAAAGGGGAGCCAGGGCCUCGGGGGGAGCGUGGCUUAAAGGGUGAAAAUGGCAUUGGGAAGCCAGGGUUUCCGGGUCCCCGAGGAAAUGGAGGACCCCCCGGCCCCGCUGGGCCUCCAGGGCCAAACGGCUUUGGGAAACCAGGGUUUGAUGGCUUACCAGGUGCUCCAGGGGGGAAAGGCGAGAUGGGCCCAUCUGGAGCCCCUGGGAUCAAUGGGGAACCUGGGCCAAUGGGGCCACGGGGUCCCCCAGGCAUUGAUGGACUAGGCAUCCCGGGCGUCGGGGGGGUUCCAGGUAUGCAAGGCCCCGUGGGGCCAAAGGGAGAACCCGGUAUCCGUGGCCUUCCCGGUUUACCUGGGCCUGCAGGCUAUGGGAAACCAGGUUUGCCAGGCUUAAAAGGAGAUCGUGGGCAACCUGGGAUCCAAGGAGCCAUUGGCGACAAAGGGGAACCCGGCCUAGAUGGGGAAGCAGGCGAGCAGGGCCCACAGGGUGUCAUUGGACCCCCCGGGGUGCCGGGCUCCAUGGGUUUGCCAGGCAAACACGGGCUGCCAGGCCUCAAAGGUGAGGUUGGGCUGCCUGGGCCCCCAGGAAUACCAGGGAUGCGUGGAGACCAAGGGCCAAACGGCUUUGCAGGGAAACCAGGGGUACCUGGAGAGAGAGGUUUGCCUGGGUCACAGGGACCACCUGGCCCCACAGGGCCAAAAGGAGAACCAGGUUUCACAGGGGUUCCUGGGGUGCCAGGGUUAACAGGUAGCCUGGGACCAAAGGGAGAUGCAGGAAUUCCAGGCCAGCCAGGCCUGAGGGGCCCAUCUGGUAUUCCAGGCCUCCAAGGCCCUUCUGGUCCCAUGGGGCCACAGGGCUUACCAGGGCUGAAAGGGGAACCCGGCCUCCCAGGCCCUCGAGGGGAGGGGAAGGUAGGGGAGCCUGGCAUUACAGGACCCAUUGGCCCACCUGGAAUACCAGGGACACGUGGAUUAAACGGCCCCCCAGGACCCCCAGGGCCGCCUGGUCCCCCCGGGGCACCAGGGGUGUUCGACGAGACAGGCAUGGCUGGGCUGCACUUACCGGAUGGAGGCGUGGAAGGAGCGGUGUUAGGGAAUGGUAAGCCUGGGAAGCCCCAGUAUGGCAAAGGGGAGCUCUCUGCCCGGAUAGCACCUGCUUUCACCGCCAUCCUGACCUCCCCGUUCCCAGCCUCUGGCAUGCCAGUCAAAUUCGACAGGACUUUGUACAACGGGCACAACGCCUACAAUCCAGCCACUGGGAUAUUCACCUGCCCCAUCUCCGGCAUCUAUUACUUUGCCUACCACGUGCAUGUCAAAGGGACUAACGUCUGGGUGGCGCUUUAUAAGAACAAUGUGCCCGCCACAUACACCUACGACGAGUACAAAAAGGGCUACCUGGAUCAAGCCUCAGGCAGCGCAGUGCUCGAACUCAAAGAGAAUGACCAAGUCUGGGUCCAAAUGCCCUCGGACCAAGCCAAUGGGCUGUACUCCACAGAAUACAUCCACUCCUCCUUCUCCGGCUUCCUGCUGUGCCCCACAUAACAGCUGUUGGGUGGUUCCCCUUUUUACCCACUUUAGCCAUAAAC